AUGGCGGCCGGCGGGCAGUCGCAGGGCCCGCGUCUGCGCGACCCGACCGCACCGCCACGACUGGCGCGCCGCCGCCGCUCGCCGCUCAGGCAUGACCAAUCAGAGGAACUACCCCGGUCACGUGACCAAUGUGGACGCCCAUCAUGGCGGCGCAAGGUGACGCAUUCAGAGCGCAACGAUUCACUCACCAGCCGCAAGAUGUCGUCCCAGCGCCACAGCAAAGGCCCAACGCAGCAUCUCAGGACCGGCCGGCAGCGGCGGCGGAGGCGGCGGCGGAAGCGGAAGAGCCGUCGGUCCGGACCCAGGUGGCGGUGGUGCAGCUGCCUGACGCCAGCGCUACCACCGGCGUGA